UCGUCUUCCUUUUACAACAACCAAAAAAAAAAAACCCCCAACAACAACAAACACAACACACACUCUCAAAGGCUCGGGAAGCUCGUAUUGUUUUAGUUGUGCGCGCGGGAGCGAGCUUGCGCGCGCGCGCGCGUGUGUGUGUGUGCAUGUGUGUGCGCGUGCUUCCUGGCGUCUCCUCCCCGGUGCGACACAUGCAAUUAAAAGAGUACAUUUUCUAUGAUCGAGAAGAAGAAGAAGAAGAGGAGGAAGAAGAAGAAGAAGAAGAAGAAGGAUAUUUCCUGUUUCCUAUAUGAUACACCCGGCAGCCUCAUCCUGGAGGACUGGUCCAGCUGUGCCGCUGUUAUCCUCACUACUACUAAUAUUCCUCUUAUUGUGGUUAUGCAACGGCAAGGAUCUCGUCGCUACUUGGCUGCCUGAGCCGCCGGAUUUCGCCCGGAUCAAUCAAUGUGGUUUCUUUGGAACAUUUUCAGCAAAGGAACGCAUAUGCUGCAGUGUCUUUGUGGCAAGAGUCUCAAGAAAAACAAGAAUCCAAGUGAUCCCCAGCUCAAGGGUAUAGUGACCAGGUUAUAUUGCAGACAGGGAUACUACUUGCAAAUGAAUCCCGAUGGCUCUCUUGAUGGCACCAAGGAUGACAGCAGUAAUUCCUCUUUGUUCAACCUUAUUCCCGUGGGCCUCCGCGUCGUCGCCAUUCAGUCUGUGAAGACGGGCUUGUACAUCGCCAUGAACGGGGAGGGUCAUCUCUACACAUCCGAGCUUUUUACGGCCGAAUGCAAAUUCAAAGAAUCGGUGUUUGAGAACUACUACGUCAUCUACUCGUCCAUGUUGUACCGACAGCAGGAGUCGGGCCGGGCCUGGUUCCUGGGUCUCAACAAAGAGGGUCAAGCCAUGAAGGGGAACCGAGUGAAGAAAACCAAACCAGCCGCUCACUUCCUGCCCAAGCCAUUAGAAGUCGCCAUGUACCGAGAGCCAUCGCUGCACGACGUGGGGGAGACGGUGCCCAAGGCGGCGGCGGUCCCGCCCAGUAAAAGCACAAGCGAGCCGGUGGUGAUGAACGGAGGUAAACCCGUCAGCAAGCCCGACAAACCCGCCACAUAGCCACACCCCUCCUACCUCGACUGUGUGCGCCGUGGCGCGCGGGUUUGGGGCGAGGCUAAGGUGAUGACGGAGGCGGGGCCUUUUUCAAACCCCCCUCCCACCGCCCCCUUCCCUCCUCUCUCUCGUCUCCAUGGGCGGAUCCAUCUCUUCUCUCGCUCCUCUCCUCUUCCGCCUCGUCCUCCCCGCUUUUUUUUUCUUUUCUCUUUCCCCCAGCUGUCUUGGUGGAGGGAUUCUGAGCUGGGGGGGAUGGAAGGAGGGUUCUCCAGCGUAGGAUAACGGACCUCUCUGAUCCUGGAAUGCCUUUAAAAAACAAAAACAAACAAACAAAAAAAAAGUCCCUCUGGAACUGGUGUGAAUGUGUCUUUUACAGCCACUUUGCUUGCUGGGGGUGCUUUGGAAAAAAAAAAAAGAACUAAAAAAAAUCAACGACCCGUUUUUCCUUUUCUUUGACGUGCACCUGCAGAUCUAUUUUCUAUACCACGCUUCACCAGCUCUGUCCUGGGAGAGCGGCUGUAUAGAUAGAGUAAAUACUUGGACCACGGUCCUCUAUUUUUUAUUAUGCGUAUGCUCCCCUCCUUUUUCUCCUCCUCUUUCUCUUUUCUAGAUUCCUUUUCGUCAGUUAAACACACACACACACACACACACACACAGACACACACAGCUCGGAGGCUGCAAUCUUCACAUUGAUGAAGUGCUAAUUACCGCCACUGCAACAAUCAGUGCAAGGGGACGUGGGCGGUGGACAAAAUGGUGGAUACAUAUCACAUAAAGCAAGCAAGCGAAGCAUAGAAGCCUGAAAUCUAUUUUUCUCGACGCUUAUAUCCUAGAGUGUGGGUUCUAGGAGUAUCUCUAGGCCUUGUGGGCCUCUGUUUGACUUCUAAGAGACUUCAGUCCGUGCGACUGCGACGACCGGCUGAAGCCUUCACACCCGCAAACGAAAAAGCAUGGGUUCCUCUGGUGUUCUCCGUCUCUUGCAGCGACGACUCCCUGUAUAUUGUAACAUUUUUACUGUAUGAUUAAAAAAAAAAAGCUAUGAUAGGGAGCGGGGAAUGACUCUUCAUAAAAACUUUUUAAAGGAUUAUUUAUCUAAGCAAGAGGAUGCGUCUCCUAGCUCAGCAUGCAGAGUCCAGUACCGAUCAUUCUGGCCUAUCACGUGCCUGUUUUCAACCUCGAUAGUUUUGUUUUUUGUUCCCGGCAUGCAAAAACCGGUUACCAGUCCCCUACUGGGCCAAGAAGGUGCCUCGCCCUCCCCUUAAACCCGCCCAUUCAUUUAGAGGACACGUAGCAUUCGUUAGCAUAGCGAGAAACAACACCCUGCUCUCUCAAAAAUGACCAAAGGCUUUUUUCUUUCUUUACCGCCCUUCAACAGGUUGUUAUACUACGAAAAAAAGUAGUAAUACCCCCCCCCACACCCCACCAAAGUUGUGAGAAUAAAGUCCUUAACCGAACGGGAGAACGAAAAAAAAAAUUUCAAGAAAAAAGUAAAAAAUGAAAAAAGUUGUAAUGUUGCAGGAAAACGUUGUAAUCUGACGAAAAUGUUGUUGCAUGAGUAGUUGUAAUUAUACAAAAAAGUAAUAAUGUUUCUUAAAAAGUAAGUUUAUAGUCCUUUAUCAUUGGAAUUUUUUUUUUUUUUUUAAUGUCCCACUCUUAGGAAAGACAUAAUUAUGUUACAAGAAAUAGUCGGAAACUUGCGAAAAUGUCAUAGCGUGAGUAGUUGUAAUUAUACAAAAAAGUAAUAAUGUUUCUUAAAAAGUAAGUUUAUAGUCCUUUAUCAUUGGAAUUUUUUUUUUUUUUUUUAAUGUCCCACUCUUAGGAAAGACACAAUUAUGUUACAAGAAAAAGUCGGAAACUUGCGAAAAUGUCAUAGCGUGAGUAGUUGUAAUUAUACAAAAAAGUAAUAAUGUUUCUUAAAAAGUAAGUUUAUAGUCCUUUUGUCAUUGUAAAGUUUUUUGGGUUUUUCAAAAUGUCGCACUCUUAGGAAAGAAACAAUUAUGUGACAAGAAAAAGUCGGAAUCUUGCGAAAAUGUCGU